CUUUUCUCAGUUCUGCUACGUGCCGGGCAGACGCCGCGAAUGACGCAAUCGGUCAGCGCCGCUGGAAGGUCACACGGGAUCCUCCAACAUGGCGGUGGCGGUGCUGCGGGUUGGCUGGUGCCACUGCCGACGGAGAUGCCUCGGCAGUGGGGUCCAGUUGCUUUCCAACCACAGCCUACCCUAUGGUUCCAUCUAUCAGAUAUGCUGGCCAGGCAGAGAGCUGCCCCUGUCCAAAUCAUAUUCUUCUGGACACAGAAAAGGCUUUCUGUCUGGCUUGCUAGAUAAUAUCAAACAAGAAUUAGCCAAAAACAAAGAAAUGAAAGAAAGUAUAAAAAAAUUCCGAGAUGAGGCCAGGAAGCUGGAAGAGUCAGACGCGCUGCAGGAGGCCAGGAGGAAAUACAAAACCAUCGAGUCAGAAACCGUGCGGACCAGCGAGGUGAUCAGGAAGAAGCUGGGGGAGCUGACGGGCUCCGUGAAGGAGAGUCUUGAUGAAGUCAGUAAAAGUGACCUCGGCCGGAAGAUCAAGGAGGGUGUGGAAGAAGCGGCCAAGACAGCCAAGCAGUCGGCUGAGUCGGUGUCCAAGGGCGGGGAGAAGCUGGGCCAGACGGCAGCCUUCAAAGCCCUCUCGCAGGGAGUGGAAUCCGUGAGGAGGGAGAUUGAUGACAGUGUCCUGGGGCAGACAGCGCCCUACCGCCGGCCUGAGCGACUCCGGAAAAGGACUGAGUUUGCGGGAGAGAAAUUCAAGGAGGAGAAAGUGUUUGAGCCCAACGAGGAGGCGCUGGGAGUGGUGCUGCACAAGGACUCCAGGUGGUACCAGCAGUGGAAGGACUUCAAGGAGAACAACGUGGUGUUCAACCGGUUCUUUGAGAUGAAGAUGAAGUAUGAUGAGAGUGACAACAUGGUCAUCCGGGCAUCCCGAGCCCUGACAGACAAGGUCACUGGCUUGCUGGGGGGCCUGCUCUCCAAGACCGAGAUGUCGGAGGUGCUCACGGAAAUCCUCCGCGUGGACCCGGCCUUCGACAAGGACCGGUUUCUGCAACAGUGUGAGCAUGACAUCAUCCCCAACGUCCUGGAGGCCAUGAUUUCUGGAGAGCUCGACAUUCUCAAGGACUGGUGCUAUGAGGCCACGUACAGCCAGCUGGCCCACCCCAUCCAGCACGCCAGGGCCCUGGGCCUACAGUUCCACUCCCGCAUCCUCGACAUUGACAACGUCGACCUGGCCAUGGGCAAGAUGAUGGAGCAGGGGCCCGUGCUCAUCGUCACCUUCCAGGCCCAGCUGGUGAUGGUGAUCAGGAACCCCAAAGGCGAGGUGGUGGAGGGCGACCCGGACAAGGUGUUGCGCAUGCUGUACGUGUGGGCGCUCUGCCGGGACCAGGACGAGCUCAACCCGUACGCGGCUUGGCGGCUCCUGGACAUCUCCGCCUCCAGCACAGAGCAGAUCCUCUGAGCCCCCACGGCCAGAGCCUGGGGCUGGAUCGAAGGCGCAGCCGCACAGGGACAGCACCUGCGGCAACUCCAAGUCUCGGGAGGAGGCUGUGGGCUCUGCCCCGAACUCUGCCAGGACCGCCGUAGAACCAGCUGCCCCGGGAAGGAGCCGCAGGCCGCUGAGGGGGCCCAGCAGCUGGAGAGGCUCCCACAGUAUCAGCCCCGGCGCUGUCCCUUGGCCCCGCGAGUGCCAGCGGCCGUCGCCAGGGGCGCACAGGCCACACCGUGCCAAGAGGCCCCUGGGCCCAGGGACUGCGCCCCCGGGGCCGAGCGGUGAAGCCCAGGCCCGGAUACUCGGAGUGGCCUGCUGGCCACGUCAGCCAGGCCAUUUAGGUCCUUUUUUUAUUUUCCCAAUGCUCUUACUUCCUGUACAUAAGCCUGAGAUUUGGAAAUAAAACACCAAAGUACAGAAGAGCA